AAGUCACUGAGAAACAACCAUUCACACAGGCUUGAAAGUUUACCACGGAUGUAGUGAGCAGUUCUGUAUUUCAAAAUGCAGACAAACUUACUUUCCCAGCAAUUUAAUGCUGGUUUUUUGGCAGAAAACUCCACGGCUUGUCCAGCAAAUGCUACUAUUUGUGAUGGCACAUCUUGCGUAUUACCAGAAGAUAAUUUUAAUCAAACUUUGAGCGUAAUUUUAAGUACUGUUCUAACAAUCAUGCUGGCUAUGGUGAUGUUCUCCAUGGGCUGCAACGUGGAAAUUAAGAAUUUCUUGGGUCACAUAAGAAGACCCUGGGGUAUAUUUGUGGGUUUCCUUUGCCAGUUUGGAAUUAUGCCUCUCACAGCCUUCUUGCUCUCUUUGGCCUUUAACAUCCUUCCUAUUCAAGCUGUCGUGGUGCUGAUCAUGGGAUGCUGUCCAGGGGGCACAGCCUCAAAUGUCAUUGCCUACUGGGUGGAUGGAGACAUGGACCUAAGCAUCAGCAUGACAACUUGCUCCACGCUGCUUGCAAUGGGAAUGAUGCCACUUUGUCUCCUUAUUUACACCAAGAUGUGGACUGAUUCAAAUGCAAUUGUUCUCCCCUAUGACAGCAUUGGAAUUUCUCUGGUAGCUCUUGUAGUUCCCAUUUCGUUUGGGAUAUUUGUCAACCACAAAUGGCCUAGUAAAGCAAAAAUCAUACUUAAGGUUGGUUCCAUUGUGGGAGCAGUGCUCAUCGUGGUUAUUGCUGUGGUUGGGGGAAUACUCUACAAAGGCUCUUGGGUUAUCACACCAAAAUUAUGGAUCAUUGGCACCAUAUUUCCAGCAGCUGGCUAUACUUUAGGAUUCUUUCUGGCUCGUGUAGCUGGUCUGUCUUGGCACAGAUGUCGUACAGUGUCUCUGGAAACAGGCAUGCAAAACACUCAGCUAUGCUCAACUAUAGUACAGCUCUCAUUCAGUCCUGAAGAACUGGAACUGAUGUUUACUUUCCCACUCAUCUACAGCAUUUUCCAGCUGACGUUUGCGCUACUAAUUUUAGGAGGCUACCGUCUAUACAGAAGACGCCAUGUGAAAACAACGACAGAUGUUGAGAAAACACCACAAAAAGAGAAUUCAAAAUCAAUUGCUAUAAAUAAUGCAGGAUUUGUAUCAGAUGAGAUGAAAUAGACAACUACAUUACAUCGGCUCCCACCAGCUGUGAGGAUAAAGAAUAUAUGGUUUAUUUAAAACCGGUGUUUUUUUAAUGUGCUGCUUUUCCAUAGUAAUAUUUAACAAAAGAAGUUCUGCUGAUAUUGCACUGUGAGACUUUAAAAUGAUUAACUUAAGAAGGAUCUACUUUGAUUUCUAACAUGGUUUUUGCCACAAUUGUAGAAUCUGGUUUUGAGGCUAAUUCCCAAAAAAUAUGUAAUAUUUUAUUAUGGAUUAUUUAACAAAAAGCAGAAUAAAGGUGGCCUAUUGCUAAGAAGAAGCAGAUUUCUUCAAUGCCAACUCCAGCCCAUGGUCCUGCAAAUCCAUCUGCUAGUCUCAGCCCCACACAAAACAAAGAGAAAUCUUCUUAAAGUGUCUGAGCCAGAACAGGAGUUGAUAUGGAAUAUCUGGUAAGGCUGAAUAUGAAUCAAGCAUGAAACUGGACCAAGCCAAUAAUGAAAUAAAAGUUUCAUUUAGGUCAGUCUAGACAGACUAAAGCACUAUAUUAAUUGCUUGAAGCAUUAAUUUAUUCUAAUGCUAUAAUUUUAGCAAGUUCACGGCACCUUAUGACUCCAUUUUUUUUCCUCAAAGUAAUAGAAUGUAAUAGUCUUACAUCUUUGGCUUGUGUAUUUUAGGUGUUGGAAACAGGAACAGAGACACAAAGGUGAGGGCUUAAGCCUUGAGCAAUUAAAGUGACAGCAGUGAGAGCUGCAUACACAGGAGCAAGCAGAGGUUCUGGAAGGGUAAGAAAUUAUCAGCUUCUGCACUGAAAGAAAGGCAUUUCAAAAUGGAACAAAAAACGUCCCUGAUUCAUCCAGGACUGCUUCCACCAAUCUUAACAUGAGACAGCAGUGCUUGGAGAGAGUUAAAUAUUUUUUGCUAUUUUAUGAGGUAAAUAAAUUUGAACC